CUCAGCCUCUGGAGUGCUAGGAUUGUAGACAUGCACCGCCAUCGUGCCCAGCUUGGUCUUGAUUCUUUAACAGGGACAGGUUUCCCCCUAAUACAUGUGCACCAGAAGUGGCGAGGAGCAAGCAGGAAGCCUGUGCAUAGGACCAGGAGGCCCCUGAGGGAAGGAAGCGUUUCACAGGCCACAAGGACCCGGCUCCCCUGAAUGCCGGGCGUGCCUGCAGCCAUCUCUGAGUCAGAGCCUCAGCGUGGAGCCUCCUGACCCACCACAGCGGGCCAGCUCGAGUCAUGUGGCACCUUGGCUGGGAAGGCCUCGAAGAUAACCACAUCAUUCCAGGCUGGGCCAAGCACUCUCAGCAAAACCUGGGCCAAAAGUGCACCCGCUCAUUUCUGUUCUGAGAGCAAGUCAUCGCUUUCGGGUCAUGAGAUGAAAUUAUGCAGCAGGAAGUCAGGCCCUUGGUGGCAGCGGAUAUAAUAGAACAACUUCACAGACAAUUUGCCAUUCUUUCAGGAGGCCGGGGUAGGGACGGCGCGCCCAUCAUCACGUUUCCAGAGUGCGUGGGGUUCCAGUGCAUCCCCGAGGAGGACUUCCUGAAUGUGCUGACCUACCUAACGAGCAUCCCCAGUGUGGAGGCUGCCAGCAUCGGGUUUGUUAUUGUCAUCGACAGACGAAGGGACAAGUGGAGCUCCAUAAAGGCAUCCCUGCUGCGAAUAGCUGUGGCAUUUCCAGGAAACCUGCAGCUCAUCCUCAUCCUCCGUCCGUCUCACUUCCUCCAGAGGACGUUCGCGGACCUCGGCAUCAAAUACUAUCGAGACGAAUUCAAGAUGAAGGUGCCGAUCAUCAUGUUAAACUCUGUUUCUGACCUCCAUGGCUACAUUGACAAAAGCCAGCUGACUCAGGAGCUAGGGGGAACUUUGGAAUAUCGCCACAGCCAGUGGCUGAAUCAUCGCACUGCCAUAGAAAAUUUUGCCUUGACAUUGAAGACCACUGCGCAGAUGCUGCAGAUGUUUGGGGCCUGCCUGGCCGCAACAGAGCUGCCCAAAGGCGUGCUGUCCUCCGAAGAUCUUCUUAUGUCCCACACCCAGCAGCAGGACAAGGUGCAGGAUGAGCUGAAAUUACUUGGAAAGCAAGGGGCCACAUUACUGUCAUGUGUCCAAGAACCAGCAACCAAAAAUUUCUCCAGAAAACUCAAUCCUAGUGAGCUUGAGAAUAUAGCUACCAUGGAAAGGUUAUUAGUUCAAUUGGGUGAAACAGAAAAGGCCUUCAGUCAGUUUUGGUUUGAGCAUCACCUGAAGCUUAACCAAUGCCUACAACUACAACACUUUGAGCACAAUUUUGGCAAGGUGAAGCUGGCCCUGCACGGUCUGCUGGAAGAGCAGGCCGAGCUCACGGGAGCUGGAGACAGUGUGAUGCAUGUGGAGCAACUGCUGAAGGAGCACAGAAGCUUGGAGGAGAAGGGCCAGGAGCCCUUGGAGAAGGCCCAGCUGCUCACACUGGCUGGGGACCAGCUCAUCCAAAGCCACCACUACGCGGCUGACUCCAUCAGGCCCAAGUGUGCGGAGCUCAGGCACCUCUGUGAUGACUUCACCAAUGAAAACAAGAAAAAAUACAACAUUUUAGGAAAGUCCUUGGAACUGCAUAGACAGCUAGACAAGGUCAGCGGGUGGUGUGAAGCAGGAAUCUACCUCUUGGCUUCUCAAGCUGUGGACAAGUGCCAGUCUCGAGAAGGGAUCGACGUUGCCUUGAAUGAUAUCAAGACAUUCCUGGCCUCUGCGAGGGAGUACCAGCUGCUCAGCCCCAAGGAGUUUCACAACCAGUUUGAGUCGCUGCCCACCCUGGAUGCAAAGGCCAAAGCCCAGAAAGUCCUACAGAAGCUCGCCGACGUGCAGGAAAUAUUUCACAAGAGACAAGUGAGCCUGAUGAAACUGGCAGCCAAACAGACACGCCCAGUGCAGCCUGUGGCCCCCCAUCCUGAGUCCUCCCCAAAAUGGGUGUCACCAAAACCCAGCCAGCCCUCCUCCUUGGCCCCUCCUCAGAGAGCAGCCGAGGGACCCCGUGUGGAGACAGACUUGGCCGCCCCAGAAAAGGAAGACGGCAACGAGUCUAAACUUGAAGUCAAGAAUGAAGAAUCACUCCAAAGGAGUCAGGAUAACGGGGGAAGCCCUGUAUUGGAGCGGCUUGGCAGAGAAGACCUCUCCCCCAGCAGGCGCUUUAUGCAGGAUUUGCUUGAGACCGAAGAGAUUUAUAUAAAAGAAAUGAAGAGCAUAAUUGAUGGUUAUAUCACUCCGAUGGAUUUUAUUUGGCUAAAGCAUCUGAUUCCAGAUGUUUUGCAGAAUAACAAGGACUGUCUCUUUGGGAACAUUAAAGAACUUUACGAAUUUCACAACAGGACUUUUCUAAAAGAAUUGGAAAAGUGUGUGGAAAACCCUGAACUUCUGGCAUGCUGUUUUCUCAAGAGAAAAGAAGACCUCCAAAUGUAUUUUAAAUACCAUAAGAACCUGCCCCGAGCCAGGGCAAUCUGGCAAGAAUGUCAGGACUGCGCCUACUUUGGGGUAUGCCAGCGCCAACUGGACCACAGCCUCCCUCUUUUCAAGUACCUUGGAGGACCAAGCCAGAGAUUGAUAAAAUACCAGGCGCUGUUGAAGGGUCUGCUGGAUCGUGCGUCUCCUGAGGAUGUGGAGAUGGACCUGGGUGACCUAGAAGGAACCUCAGCUAAGGAUGUGCCAAAGAAGACCGAGGAAUUCCAAGGGUCCCCAGCAGAACUCCAGCAAGCUUUGGCAGUGAUAGAAGAUUUAAUCAAGUCUUGCGAGUUGGCUGUGGACCUUGCUGCUGUCUCUGGAUGUCCGGAUGACCUGGAAAAGCUGGGCAGGCUGUUGCUGCACGGCCCAUUCAGCGUGUGGACGAUUCACAAGGACCGUCACAAAGUGAAGGAUUUUAUUAGAUUUAAGCCCAGCCAAAGGCAAAUCUAUCUAUUUGAACAGGGAAUUGUGUUCUGUAAGAUUCAAGUGGAGCCUGGAGACCAAGGGUUAUCUCCUCACUACAGCUUUAAGAAGUCUCUGAAGUUGGUGACCCUUUCAAUUCACCGACUUGGAAGGGGGAGCAAUAAAAAGUUUGAAAUCGCCAGCCGAAAUGGACUCGAGAAAUACAUCCUGCAGGCACCUUCCAAAGAAAUCAGAGAUUGCUGGUUUUCAGCGAUAAGUAAAUUGUUGGUGGAACAAAACAACAUUAAAGACCAAGAAAAUCUACAGUUUGAGGCAACCAUUGCCAAAGGCAGUGCAGUGGAUUGUGCUCCCUGGAGUACGGAAAGAGCUACGAGCACGGAAGACCCAGUCUCCAACACGCGUGGGAUUCAAGUAAUCUUGCAAUGUACCCAUCAAAUGAGAGUAAAAGCAUUUCCGGAGACCAGCAGCCGUCUCCCACCUCCUGAAACUUCAGCAGCCAGCUCAACAGGGGGUCACGCAACCUCGCCAACAGCUGGGGAAACCGCCGAGAACCCAACACACACAAUCACAACUACCUCACAAACUACAGAAAGCCCCCCAUCCUCCAGCCCAGCCAAAUACACCCUAGCCACCACCCUCGACAACUCACACACAGCUCCUCCAAUUACUGAAGCUACCAUCGGCCCCAGCUCGGCUCCUCAUUCCCAGCCACCCCAGGCCCCUCCAACGUCUACACCCAGAGCCAGACCAUCCACCAUCAGCCACAUGACUGGGAAAACCACCCAACCCAGUGUCCAGACCGCUCUCUCCAGAACGCUGUCCACAGCACCGCACAGAAGCACAACCGUUCAGAAACCUCCUCCACCCACCCUUUCCCCAGGAACUCCUGUAACCACACACAACGCCACCCCAACAGCCUCACCUGGACUUUCCACAGCCACACACAACGCCACCCCAACAGCCUCACCUGCCACCACAGUUCCUGGGGCUACCCUUGUGCCUCAGCCAUCAUCUGCCAAGACCGGAACCUACCAGGUUCUAAACGGAAGUAGGCUCUGCAUAAAAGCACAGAUGGGGAUCGAGCUGAUUGUCCAGGAAACAAAGUCGGUUUUUUCACCUCAGAGGUACUUCAACAUCGACCCCAAUGCAACCAAAGCCUCUGGCAAUUGUGGCUUCCGAAAAUCCAACCUUCUCUUGACUUUCCCUGGUGGAUCCUUGAAUCUCACAUUUACCAAGGAAGAAAUUUCAUAUUACAUUAGUGAAGUAGGAGCCUAUCUGACUGUCUCAAAUCCAGAGAAAACUUUCCAAGGGUUGAAAAGAGCAGUGAUGAUGUUUGAGACAGUGGUCGGCCAUUCCUUCAAGUGUGUGAGUGAGCAGAGCACACAGCUGUCUGCCCAGCUUCGGCUGAAAACAAUGAACGUCCAACUUCAAGCCUUUGACUUUGAAGGAGACCACUUCGGAAACGCGGCCGAGUGCUUCAGUGACAGAAACAGGAGAGAAAUCCCCAUGGCUGUGGGCCUGAGUAUCACGGGACUGCUUGUCAUUUUGCUAAUGGCCUGCCUGGUGGCCGGAAAGAGACCUGGUCGAGGAUAUGAACGCAUGUAGAGCCCCAUCUGCUUCCAGAUGGCAAGACCAAGGCUCAGGGAAGCCUGCUUCACAUCCCGCUUGAGCCAGAGGACUGAGCUCCCUAGCUGCCUGCUCCCCUCCCAAGCUGAUGAGCAGACCUAGCUCUCCACUCCAGGCCCAUCUGGAGGCAUCGACAGGGCAGCCCCACGCCGCUUUCACUGUGGGAGGGCUGGGGACAUCAUGGUGGCCAAUCAAGGAUUAGGGGGCAUGCCAGGCAUGGUGACACACACCUAUCAUCCUAUCACUGGAGAGGCUGAGGCAGGAGGAUU